AUGAAAACCAAGGAAGGAGAGAGGAUAAUAUACAAAGUGGCAAAUCAAAGAGCACAAAGUAGACAGGAAGUGGGAGAGGUAUCUGUGAUAAAGUACAAAGAUGAAGUCUUACUGACAGAUGAGAAAAAGAUCAAGGAAAGAUGGAGGGAGUACUUUAGCAACCUGCUGAAUGUGGAAAAUGAGUGGGACCCACUCCAGGAUUGCCCACCGGUUGAAGGCCUCCUGCCUAAUAUAAACGAGAAGGAUAUAGAAGAAGCAAUGAAGAAAAGGAAGAGCGGAAGGGCAACAAGGUGCUCUGGACUACCAAUGGACCUGCCAAAACACCUAGGCAAGGAGGGUAACCAGGUGGUCACGUCACUCCUUCAGAAAGUAUGGGACGAAGAGAAGAUGCCAGCAGAAUGGGAACUAAUUGAACUAGUCACCAUUUACGAGAAGAAAGGGAACCCACUGGACUGUGGAAACUUCAGGGGCAUCAAGUUCCUAGAACAUGUUAUGAAGAUACUGGAGAAGUUAAUAGAGGGGAGGUUACGUGGACUGGUAUCGGUAAAUGAUAUGGAGUUUGGCUUUAGGCCCAGGUAG